GACAGGUCUUCCUAACAGGGGGGUGGAGUGUCUCAAAGUCUGACCCACUCUGACAGACCGACCUCCACGCUGCCUCAGCUCCGGGCUGCUGCUGAGGAAUCGACCCAUCCAAUUGCGCAGCUGCAUUUCCCACUUUUAUAAAAGCGAGCGGUCCUGCAGCUGCAUCAACACUGGACUACCGGAUCCUCACGGAGGAUCCUCUCUCCUCCGGCUGCUGCAGCGGACCACUGGCUCCCCACCCCCCCCCCGAGCGACGCGGCACGAGCGGGCGGAGAGGUGAGACCACGCGCAGAAAGACGCAAUGACAGCGGGGUGUUCGUAGAAGACAGGAGACAAAAGAGGGGACAUCCGGGGGGAGGUCAGCGGUCGUCUAAGCUGUGACAGCGGUUGCGGGUCAUGAUCGGACGGGUGCUGUGGAUGUGGAAGACCCGGCUCGGAAAGCGAGGGGGCCGGCUGGGCACGCUGCCCCUCUUCUGCGCGGCGGGGGUCUGCGCCGCGCUGCUGGCUCUGCUCUUUGUGGACUUCAUCGAGUCGUGGGUGACCUCCAUGAGGAUGAACACGGUGGUGGAGCAGCACGCCGGCAUCAUCCCUCCGCAAAGCGUCCCUCCCACCAGACCCGAGGAGUUCUUGCUCAUGCCCAGCCCACUCGUGUGCCAGCGCGCCAAGCCUUACCUCAUCGUCCUGGUGACCUCUGCCCCUGCCAAUCAGAGGGCGCGCCAAGCCGUCAGGGACACCUGGGGCGGGGAGGUGGAGGUGAGAGGGCUGCGGGUCAUGACCCUCUUCAUGGUGGGGGUGCCGUCGGACCCCGGAUUGGCUAAGCUCCUGAUAGAGGAGGCCAGAGAGAAAGGAGACCUGAUCCAGGGACGAUUCAUGGACACCUACUCCAACCUGACCCUGAAGACCCUGUCGCUGCUGGGCUGGGCCCGCCGCUUCUGCCCGCAGGCUCACUUCAUGGCGAAGGUAGAUGACGACGUCCUGUUCAACCCCAGCGCCCUGCUGCACUUCCUGAACAAGAGCCGCAACCCUUAUGAACAAGGAGACCUGUACCUCGGCCGGGUGCACCUUCGAGUGGCCCCGGACCGAGACCCAGACAGCAAGCACUACCUCCCCUCCGGGGCCUACCCCCACUCCAUCUUUCCAGACUACUGUAGCGGCACGGCCUACAUCCUGUCCCGCUCUGCACUCCUGAAAAUUUCCCUGGCAGCGUCAGCGUCACCUCUGUCCACACCCCUGCCUCCCGAGGACGUGUUCGUCGGUCUGUGCGCCCGGACGGCCGGAGUGCUGCCCUCGCACUGCCCCUUGUUUUCCGGCGGUCCGGGCGUGCCGUACGGACGCUGCUGCUAUCAGGCCAUGGUGUCCAUCCAUCACAUCCCACCCAGGGAGAUGCUGCACUACUGGGCCGACGUGCAUUCAUCGCCACCUUGCUCCUGGCUGAGCGUCCGAGCUUCUCUGGGGAUGUGCAAAGUCAGGGCGAUGCUGGGCUCGGCUCUGGGCCUGGAACAAGGACUAUGAAGGCCGGACGAUGACGUGAAAGCGGACGGACUGACCCUGCGCCUCGCUUCAGUACUGUGAACAGCACAAGUGCUCUUCAGGCUGUGAAGCUACACUAUGUGCACUGGAAAUGUCACUUUAUUUUUUUAGAGCUUCACUUUCUUUUUUAAAAAACAUCUUUAUCUAUUUAAUUGAUUUUUUUUUUCUUGCAGAAAAGGGAAUGAGCGCUAGAGGAGUAAUCUUGAGCCUGACUGUUAUUGCAUCCCACUUUAUGACACCGACACAAACUGUAGACGUAGAACAAGCAUGCUGAUAUACACCAAGGACAGACAGCUGCUCUUGUGAAUAACGCACACUGGACAUGUUAUGUCUAACAUUUUAAGGCUGCUACUCUCAUGUAUUUAACAGUUUAUCACAAAGUACCUCAGCUGUAGUUCGUCUAAAAUGCAUGUCCCAAAAUGAAUUUACCGUAGGUAUCAAUUCACAGGCUUUAUAUACUCCAGUAGGAAAUAAUUGUUGAUCAUCCGUAACUAAUUUAGUUCAAAAUUUUCUGGAAGACUUAAUUCAACACGAUAAAACAACAUCACACUGUCAUAAUAUUAACAAUAAUAAUGCAUUUUUAAUUGCAAAGCACAUUACAUUUGGACAAAACCUCAAAUUCUCAUACGAGGAUUACAAAAUCAAAGCUUAGAGACAUAAAAAUCAAAAUGAAAGAUAAAAUCGUAUUAAAGCAGGCAUCUGCAAGGUUGAUCAAAACCGUUACAAGGAGGAAAAGAGAUCAAAGGUCAUAGGCCUAAAAUAGGGAAGUUUUUAGUGAUUUCUUGGAGCUCUGCAGGGUUUGGAGAGCUUCUCCGGUGUGCAGGGUAACCACUACACAGGCCAGGAGUUGGGGAGCAGAAAGCCUGGAGGUGGAGCCGGUUGGAGUAGAACAAGCGAGUAGAGGUGUGAGGGGUGAUGUUCAUUGAUGAUGUGAUCAAGGGGAAGCAUGUACAUAUUGGAAAGGACGGGGCUCAUGCUAGUUACUAGGCAGAUCUGGAGCCACUGAUGGAGACAUACUCUCAGUCUGUCAGUGAGGCACAAUCUGACCCAGUUUAGAGCGGUGCUGGUGAGUCCGAUGGUGUGAUGAGGCCUGAGGAUUUCUGAGUCAAGUGUUUUGUUUAGUUGUUUUUUUUUCCAAGUUGUAAUACAGUGAAAACAUGGUGCACAGCUGUAAAGAGACAGCAGCAGAGGUUUACUCUCUCUCCUUGGAGACACGUUUUGCUGCAUUUCGGUGUCACAAAAAGUAAUCAACAAACCUGAAACUGAUGCGAAACACAACGGGAAUGUUGAGCAUAGUGAUAUUUAUAGUGAAACUAGACAUCUGUGAAUGGCAGCUUUGCGCCGCCGCACACUGAGGUGAGUGUCUGGUACACCAGGACGAGGUGACACACACUUCAGGAGAUCUGUUUCCUUCCUCCAGAGUCCGCAGAGCGAAGGUCAGUGUGUUCACACUCAAGAAAUACAGGACAUGUACGAAUCAAAUGAUAAUAAUAAAUGGGUCUGGUGACAGCAGCAGGUCUUCUUUGUUUUACAAUAUAAUAAGUUUUCUUGUCUUUUACUAAUUGAACAAAGUAAAUGAACUACAUGAGAACAAACACAAUGGGAAGAGUAAACUCAAUAGGGAGUGUUUUGUCAAUAGACAGAAAUGCACAUAUGCAGGUAAGCUGCAGCUUGCUCUUCAUGUUUGUUUUUUUGCCCCCCCCCCCCCCCCCCCCAAGAGGUUUGCAUUAUUCACAUUGUUGUUUUUAAUCUGUUGACACAGGACAGUAAAAUAUAAAUGCACAAAACAAAUCUGGGUUCUUUUUUCUCUGUUGUACUGUUUACUGUGGAAACUUAGAGUGCAAUAUAUUUCUGUUUAGAGACGACGUAAAGCUCAGUUUGAUCUUAAUUCCAGCUUUAAAAAAAAGCCAGCAUCAUAACAUGAAUGACCAAGGAAGUGCAUAAAAUGAAAGGACAUAUUCACACUUUCAGUCUAAUAAAACCUGAACUUUCAAAAGAUUAGUGCGCUCUUGUAAAAACCUGUUGACAGAAUCGGUUUGAGAAUGUUUUCACCAGCUCAUCCGCGCUUUCAUGCUUCUUCAUAUCUUUUGGAAAUGCAAUACAAACACAGCAACCAUCUACUGCUCAGUUCUGACGUUCAGUGUUGUUACAUCAGCUUUUCUUAUUAAAACAAAGCAGCCUUGUCCUUUUAUUUCACACCAUGCAGGCUCAUCCAGAUUGAGCCAUCCUG